AUGUUUGGGCUCUGGAGAACCUUCAGCAGUGUGCUUUUCUACCUGACCCUGGCCGUCGGCCUCGGAGGGCUGCUGGGCAACGGGCUGGUCCUCUGGCACCUUGGCUUGCACAUCAGGAGGGGCCCCUUCUCCGUGUACGUCCUCCACCUGGCCGCCGCCGACUUCCUGUUCCUGGGCUGCCAGGUGGGCUUCUCCGUCGUGCAGGCCGCCCUGGGCUCCCGGGACAGCCUGUACUUCGCCAUCUCCUUCGCGGGCUUCUCCGUGGGGCUCUGGCUGCUGGCGGCCUUCAGCGCCGAGCGCUGCCUCUCUCACAUCUUCCCCGACUGCUGCCAGCGCCACCGGCCCCGGCACACGUCGGGCACCGUCUGCGGCCUCAUCUGGGCCCUGACGCCGCCGGCCGUGCUACUGCCGGCCCACGCCUGCGGCCUGCUGCGGACCAGCGCCAGCCCGCUCACCUGCCUGCGGUACCACACGGCCAGCGUCACGUGGCUGCUGUCCCUGGUCUGCGUGGCCGGCGUGGCCGGCCUGGUCCUCUUCGUCUGGGUGGGCUGCUGCUCCCGGCGCCCGCGGCCCAGGUUCUGCGGCAUUGCCCUGGGCUCCGUGCUUCUGCUGCCCUUCUGCGGCCUGCCCCUGGUCUUCUGCUGGGCUCUGCAGCCCUUCCUCAACUUGCUGCUGCCCGUCUUCCUCCCGGUGGCCACGCUCCUGGCCUGCGUCCACAGCAGCGCCAAGCCGCUCAUCCACUUCGUGGCCGGCCGGCAGCCGGGCAAACGCCAGCCGCUGCGGGCCGUUCUCCAGAGGUCCCUGGGGGAGGAGGCCCCGCUGGAGGCCCGGGGGCUGGCCCUGCCCAUGGGCCUCCUGUAG